UAAGGUGUAAAAACAUGAAGCAACUUUGACUUACCUUGCAGUGCAUGUUCUAGUACGUCAUUUUAUAAAAUAUGAAGAAUUGACCAAAAUAUAAUUAUAUGUAAGUUUUCUUUGUAAAUCAAGCACAUUCAUCCUGGUUACCAUACGAUUCUUCAAUAAACAAAUGACUUUUGGUAAAGGCGCUACUUUAGACUGGAAUCUGUGUAUAAGCAAUAAUGGAAAUUACAUUUUCCAAGCUAUGACAGAAAAUAGAAAACGAUCACGAGAGGAUGACAUGUGCGAAUUUAUGCCACUGUCAAAAAGAAUCAACAAUCUACACAUAAAUAACAAUCUCGCAAGUGCAGUUCCAUCUCGAAAUCAAGAAACUAGUCAAGUUAAUGGGAUUAUUAUAGAAAAUGCUACUUCAUCUAACUCAUCAACUGAUUCAGAAAGAAGGCCAAGCUAUGACCCAGGAAUUAGUUCUUCUCAAAGCAGCUAUUAUUAUGACAACAAAUUACUAUUUGAAUUGCAUUUAGAGAGAAUACAAAGAUCUGGACAACAGUUUCCUUUUUAAAAUAAGUUAUAUUUAAGGUUUGUGUGUAUUAUUUUAUUAUGUCUGUUUUAGUUAGUAUGUAUUUAUAUGUAUUAUAAUAAUUUCAAUUAAAAAU